AUGGUCUUCAAAGUCGCUGAUGUGUCUCUUGCUGCUUUCGGUCGCAAGGAGAUUGAAAUCGCAGAGAAUGAGAUGCCAGGGCUCAUGUACCUCAGGGGAAAGUACGGUCCAUCUCAACCCCUGAAGGGUGCUCGCAUUGCUGGAUGCCUCCACAUGACCAUCCAAACUGCUGUUCUCAUCGAGACUCUCACUGCUCUCGGUGCUGAGGUUACAUGGUCGUCCUGCAACAUCUUCUCAACUCAGGAUCAUGCUGCUGCUGCAAUUGCUGCUACUGGUGUUCCUGUCUUCGCCUGGAAGGGCGAGACCGAGGAGGAAUACCUCUGGUGUAUCGAGCAAACCCUUGCUGGUUUCAAGGAUGGCAAAGCCCUCAACAUGAUCCUUGAUGACGGUGGUGAUUUGACCACCCUUGUCCAUGAGAAAUACCCCCAAUACCUCUCUGAUAUCCGCGGAGUCUCUGAAGAGACUACCACCGGUGUUCACCACCUGUACAAAGCCUUCCGUGAUGGAAAGCUUAAAAUUCCUGCCAUCAAUGUUAACGAUUCGGUCACCAAAUCCAAAUUCGACAACUACUACGGCUGCCGUGAAUCACUCGUCGAUGGUAUCAAGCGUGCUACCGAUGUUAUGCUUGCUGGAAAGGUUGCCGUCGUUGCUGGCUUCGGUGAUGUUGGAAAAGGAUGUGCCGAGUCCCUCAAGUCGUACGGUGCCCGUGUCCUGAUCACCGAGAUCGACCCCAUCAACGCCCUCCAAGCUGCCAUGGCCGGAUACGAAGUCACGACUAUGGAGGACGCCGCUCCCCGUGCUAAUGUCUUUGUUACCACCACUGGUAACAGGGAUAUCAUCACUGGUGCCCACUUUAAUGUCAUGCCUGAGGAUGCCAUCGUCUGCAACAUCGGUCACUUCGAUGUCGAGAUCGAUGUUGCUUGGCUCAAGGCCAACGCGGUCUCAGUCUCCAACGUCAAGCCUCAGGUCGAUCGCUUCACCAUGGCCUCCGGCCGUCACAUCAUCCUCCUCGCUGAAGGCCGUCUCGUCAACUUGGGAUGUGCUACUGGACACCCCUCCUUCGUCAUGUCUUGCUCUUUCGCAAACCAGGUUCUUGCUCAGAUCGCUCUCUGGACCACCCCCGAGAAGUUCCCCCUCGGUGUGCACAUGCUGCCCAAGGAGCUCGAUGAGGAGGUUGCCCGUGCCCACUUGGCACAACUCAAUGUGAAACUCACCGUCCUCAGCGAGACUCAGUCUAAGUAUUUGGAUAUCCCUGUCCAGGGCCCCUACAAGCCUUCUCACUACCGUUACUAA